UCAACAAUCCACCCCUGAGGGGGAGGGGGCGAAGUAUCUAGAACCACGUGUCCCUGUGACGCGAUUAGAACGGAUCCCUUGAGAGUGUCUCCUGGAUCUGAGUCUCAGCCAGGUAAGGGGCAAAUGUGCCAGAAAGCCCAGUGGGAAGGGGCAGGGGCAUGGCUUAAAGAAGAAGCCGGGCUUAAGAAUGGAGAUGUAUGAAACCCUUGGAAAAGUGGGAGAGGGAAGUUAUGGAACAGUCAUGAAGUGUAAACAUAAGAAUACUGGGCAGAUAGUGGCCAUUAAAAUAUUUUAUGAGAAACCAGAGAAAUCUGUCAGCAAAAUUGCAACGAGAGAAAUAAAGUUUCUAAAGCAAUUUCGUCAUGAAAACCUGGUCAAUCUGAUUGAAGUUUUUAGACAGAAAAAGAAAAUUCAUUUGGUGUUUGAAUUCAUUGACCACACAAUAUUAGAUGAGUUACAACAUUAUUGUCAUGGACUAGAGAGUAAACGACUUAGAAAAUACCUCUUCCAGAUCCUUCGAGCAAUUGACUAUCUUCACAAUAAUAAUAUCAUUCAUCGAGAUAUAAAACCUGAGAACAUUUUAGUAUCCAAAUCAGGAAUUACGAAACUCUGUGACUUCGGCUUUGCACGAACGCUGGCAGCUCCUGGGGAUGUUUAUACAGACUAUGUGGCUACACGCUGGUACAGAGCUCCAGAAUUAGUAUUAAAAGAUACCUUGUAUGGAAAACCUGUGGAUAUCUGGGCUUUGGGCUGUAUGAUCAUUGAAAUGGCCACUGGAAAUCCCUUUCUUCCUAGCAGCUCUGAUUUGGAUUUACUUCAUAAAAUUGUUUUAAAAGUAGGCAAUUUGACACCUCACUUGCAGAAUAUCUUCUCCAAGAGUCCCAUUUUUGCUGGGGUGGUCCUUCCUCAGGUUCAACACCACGAAAAUGCAAGAAAAAAAUACCCAAAGCUAAAUGGAUUAUUGGCAGAUAUAGUUCAUGCUUGUUUACAAAUUGAUCCUGCUGAGAGAAUGUCAUCUACUGAUCUCUUGCAUCAUGAGUAUUUUACUAGAGAUGGAUUUAUUGAAAAAUUCAUACCGGAACUAAGAGCUAAAUUACUACGAGAAGCAAAAAUCAAUUCAUUCAUAAAGCCAAAAGAGAAUUCUAAAGAGAAUGAACUUAUUAAAGAGGAAAGAAAAACCAUAUAUACCGAUACACUGCUAAGUACUUCAGUUUUGGGAAAGGAAAUGGAAAAGGAGAAAAAACCCAAGGAAAUCAAAGUCAGAGUUACUAAAGUCAAAAGAGGAAAAGGAGAUAUCUUGGAACCAAAAAAGACAGAGUAUGAAGGUCAACAUUGUCAACAGGAUGCAAUUGAAAACGCUUAUUCCAUGUCUCGUGAUACAACACCUGUCAUCAAUGAGCCAUCAUACCCUGUUAAUCCCAGCACUAGUUCCAGUGGCAUGAAAGAUGACCCACACACUGGUGGUAGCAUGACAAUGCCACCCAUCAAUCUAACUAGCAGUAAUUUUAUGGCUUCUAAUCCCAAUUCACAUCUCUCCCUCUCCAACUCAAGGAUAACUGAAAGAGUGAAAAAAAGACGUACUUCUUCACAAUCUAUUGGACAACUUAUGUCUACUUGUAGUCAAGAGGAUACAGGCGCCACUCAAAGCCAAAUGGAGAAGGGCGUAUUUAAUGAGAGAGCAGGUCAAAGUCACCAAAUGGCAAAUGAAAAUCAAAGGAAGAUGAAUUUUUCCAGAUCUGGCAGGAAAGAAUUCCAUUUCCCAGAACUGCCUUUUAUAAUUCAGUCAAAAGAGAUGAAAGGAAUGGAAGUUAAACAGAUAAAAGUGCUGAAGAGAGCAUCAAAGAAAACAGAGUCAUCUAAAAUACCAACUUUACUUAAUGUGGAUCAAAAUCAAGAAAAACAAGAGAAUACAGGAAAUGCACAAACUGAAAGGAAGAAGAACCCACCAGAUAUAGAGUAGAAAAUGCAGCAGCUGAAAAUUCAGUGAAUCCCAGAAUCACUGCAUGGUUUUUAAAAAUUCCUUUUUAUUAAUAUUACAUCCACAAAAAUGCUGACUAGAGAAUUCUACAGCUAUAUCUUAAAUUCUCUGUAGUUAUGCGCAUAUUCACUUAAAUUUAUUUAUCUUUAAAUUAUUCAUGUUUUCUUAAUUUGAACAUUAAUUUAUAAAAAACUGCUACUUACAUUAAGUCAUAUAAUUUUAUUUGAUGAUAUAUUGUCUCACUCAUGUUUGAUUAGUGGUCAUUCUUAGCUUGGUUCAGAACUUUAUAAUUAUAGAAGGAAAUGUUUCUAAAUGUGUAAUAAAGAAAGAUCCCAAUGCCUGGGAGCACCAAACAUUUCUGAGCAAACAAAUAUACUUGAUAAGCAUGAAACAUAGGUUUGGUUCCACACUGAACAUUCUGGAACAGCAUUUAAAUAUAUCAUGAAGAUUGUUUAAAAGGGUGGAAAUGGAGCAAAGCAUUGAAGCAAAUUUCUGGCUUGACCAACAUGUUUAUCAUUUAGUAGUUUAAUAGAAUAUGUUGUUACAUAUAAUUUAACAUCAAUAGGCAAGAUUUUGGCAGCAUAUAUUUACGUUCUUAUCCCUGGUUCAAACUGGCUUGGUUUCUAAUUUUAGGGUGGAGGUGGCUAUUGUGAGGGGAAUAAUUUGAAGAACAGAUUUUUUUUCUCGUAUUGUCUUUUAAAUCUUAAAAUACAAAUUGGCAAGCCUUCCUUUUUUAUUUUAUAUACAAUAGAAAUGUCACAUGAGCUGUUAGGAUGGCCAUUGGUGUACAUUAGCAUCAUACAACUUUAUUUUGUUAGCAAACCAUUCACUGUUUUCUUCCUCUAAGAAUUCUGUUGAUGUGAUGCUUUGAUUUGGAAUUAAAGUCAUCUCCUCUCUGCUUGCUCCUUUGCUUGCCACGAUUACUAAGUAGAUAAUACAUCCUGUCAUGUGAAGCACACUGUAUACUGAUCUCAGCCCUCUUCUAGUCACAAAACAUUGAAUGUCAAUUAUUUCCUAGAAUGCUCAGGCUUCCCAAAGUAAGUUCUUAAUGAAAUAUCUGACCCGUUGUUUUAAAAGCUAUUCAUUACCAUUACAUGAUUAAAAAUAUAUUCUGUUAGUUAUAAAACUAUUUAUAAUAUUUAUAAAAUAUCUG